UGACACAAAAAUGGAUGGAGAGACAGGUAGCGUUGAAGAAAGAGGGAGGCUGCAGAAGGACUUGGAGAAUGGGCUCGGAAAGUGGGCAAAGAACUGGCAGAUGGAAUAUAACAUGGGAAACAUGCAGUUCGGUAAGAAGAAAGCGACCCUGUAUGAUACGCAAGCCCCAAUUUGUCCCAUCUGUCAGGUUCUGCUCCGACCAAAUGAGCUUCAAGAUCAUAUGGAACAGGAACUGGAAAAGCUCACUCAAAACACAUGUAAGCAUUCCAUGUUGAAGGACAGCACAAUCCAAGGGACUGUGAAGCCUGUUCUGCUAUCAGCACCAAUUAAAAGGGAGGGGGAAUCUCCCACAGCAUCGCCAGUCUCUGCAGACGACACUCAUCAUUCAGACAGAUAUCAGGGGAAGAGCUGUCAUUAUCAGGACAUCUAUUCAAAAAGAAUCUCAUCAACAGGACAGAAUUUAUAUUGAGUGUGUCACCAAUAGGAUUCACUUUACGAUCAGGGCUUCAUUCAAAUGGAAAAUCUCAUCAGCAAGGCCUAUGUUAAAUGGGAAUUUUCAGUAGCAAGAUCCUUUUUAGAAAUCACAAUCUUACAAUAAGUAAAAGU